CAGGCUACCGAAAUGUUUUCAUCCACAACGAGAGUCUACCCAUCUGCAACAGGUGUCCAUUACAUAUUGCCGUCUGACGCUCUUGAAAAACGCCGACUUGAUCUACAGCACUCCUUCCUUAGUCGCGCAUUAUGCGACAGUAAAUCUGUGUUGGCGCCCAUAACUCUGAAGCCAAGCGACAAGGUCUUGGACUCCGGUACAGGGUCCGGUGCUUGGGCCCUUUCGCUCGCGGAAGAAGUUCCCGCGUCGGUCUCUAUCGAUGCUUUUGAUAUUCAAUCCAAUAUCUUCCCCGAAUCGUUUCCGUCGAAUAUUCACUUUUCCCUUCACUCUGUCACCAACCUGCCUGGUGAAUGGAGUGAUACAUACUCACUAGUCAACCAACGCGUUCUCUUCGGGGCCCUGACAGAAUCACAAUGGAAAGCUGCGUUGUUAGAAACCUUCCGCGUUCUAACUCCAGGCGGAUGGGUGCAGCUCGUUGAAGGUAGUCCGCCUUCGAGAAAUAUUGGCGAGUACACAGACAAAAUGCGAAAACUCUUUUUGGAGUUAUUCGCGUAUAAAGAGCUGGUUCCCGACGUCGCGAAACGCCUCCCCGAUAUGUUGACCCAACAGGGAUUCAUUAACAUACACAGAGAAACGCGAGCCUUGCCUUUGGGGGCCUGGGCUGGUUUGGAUGGCACCCAACACAGGGACGAUCUUAUCACGGUAUUUUCUGCAUUUCAUGGCCCUAUUCUCCAAGGCGGCGGAUUUGGGCUGGUGUCGUCAAAGGAGGAUUUUGAUAAUUUCCUUGAAUCGCUUGCGAAAGAGUGGAAUAAUGGAGAAGAAGCUUUUGUAACGCAGCCAUGGACAGUGGUGUACGCACAAAAGCCUCUUGCGUAA